AUGAAAUUUGACAAGGUGCCUUCCCUGUCGUGGUUAGUCUUCGUCGCGGUCCUACUGGUAUCUCUCGGUACCGCCUCCGACGACAUGGUAUCCGCUGCCCCUGUCCCAGCCUCAGCCGAUGACCAACCCUCAAUCCGAGUCAGAGGUCAAUAUCCUAUUAGCCUCCCCAAAGGUCAACCUCCAACUCAAGGCUUCCCCAAGAGUCAAUACUCCAAUGGCUCCUUCAAAAAGGCUGCUCCCACAGGCCACUUCAAGAGGGGUUUUCCCACAAACACCGAGACUUUCCGCAUCGCAGUCCCCAUCGAGGGUCCUUUCCGUUUCAAUCCCUCAGUGAUCGGCCUCCCAGUAGAAGCUCCCCUCAUUUUCAAGCGCCAAGAUGGCGAUAUCUUCAAGGCGGUGCCAGAGAGCCAUCCCAUUGAUCCCAAUGAAGAGGGCGAUGAGAGAGACAAGGUCCCACUCUCCAAACGCCGAAUGAUCAACGAUAGCUCCAUCCGAUGGAUCAACCCUGCAAACUUUAAGCGGCGCGAUCUCCUCUCUUCGGCCGCCACUACGUCUGAGGAGGAACCCGAGUCCGAGUCCGAGCCCGAGUCCGAGUCCGAGUCUGUGGAUGAUGUUGGUUUGUCCAAGCGCCGAAUGCAAAUUAAUGGAGCGGUUCGAUAUGUCAACCCUGCCGACGUCAGGAAGCGCGACCUCCCAUCUUCCCCCUCCACCACGAUCACUACUGAGGAGGAGUCCGAGGAAGGUGCUGCCCUGUCCAAGCGCCGAAUGGUGAAAUCUGGGCAGAUCCAAACCGUCCACCCUGACGACUACAUGAAGCGCGACCUAUCUUCCACAGCCCCUGAGGAGGAGUCCGAGGAGUACGAAGAGUCCGACGAUUAUGUUGCUCUGUCCGAGCGCCGUAUGAUGAUCGACAGACCCUAUGGCUGGACGCUCGAGGCCGAGUAUGAUUAG